UGAGAACGGAAGAAGAAGAAAAACGUCCAGCUGCUAGUGGUUGCGCACAGCAGUUGCAAGACUGUGAGAGGUCUGCUGUCAGUCACUGCUAGACCGCCAUGUCCAAAGAGCAACAGACCCCCCGUGAGCCUGAGCAGCUCCGAAAACUCUUUAUCGGGGGCCUCAGUUUCGAGACAACAGAUGAGAGUCUAAGGGCUCAUUUCGAGCAAUGGGGAACUCUUACAGACUGCGUGGUGAUGAGGGACCCCAACACAAAGAGGUCGAGGGGUUUCGGAUUUGUGACCUAUAGUUCAGUGAGUGAGGUGGAUGCAGCGAUGGAUGCUCGUCCACACAAAGUGGACGGAAGAGCUGUUGAACCCAAGAGGGCGGUGUCUAGAGAAGACUCAUGCAAACCAGGUGCUCACUCCACUGUUAAAAAGAUGUUUGUGGGUGGAAUCAAAGAAGACACUGAUGAGGAACAUUUGCGCGAGUAUUUCGGGCAGUUUGGUAAAAUUGAGGAGGUGAACAUCAUGACUGAGAAGAACAGUGAUAAGAGGAGGGGCUUCGCGUUCAUAACAUUUGAUGACCAUGACUCUGUUGACAGGAUUGUCAUACAGAAAUACCAUACAGUGAAUGGACACAACUGUGAAGUCAGAAAAGCUCUGUCCAGAGAGGAAAUGAACAGGGUGUCAAUGAAUCAGCGAGGUGGGCGAGGAGGCGGAGGAGGCGGAGGAGGUGGCGGUGGUGGAAACUUUGGCAGAGGAGGUGGAUAUGGGGGUGGAUAUGGAGGAGGAAGAGGUGGUUACGGUGGAGGCGAUGGAUAUAACGGCUAUGGAGGAAAUGGUGGCUAUGGUGGAGGUGGACCUAAUUAUGGUGGCAAUCGUGGUUAUGGAGGAGGCGGCGGAGGUGGUGGCGGCUAUGGAAACCAAGGAGGAGGCUACGGAGGCGGUGGCGGUGGCUAUGAUAACUACAACAAUGGUGGUGGAGGCAACUUUGGAGGAGGCAACUUUGGAGGUGGUGGAGGCUACAAUGACUUUGGCAAUUACAACAAUCAAUCUUCCUCUAAUUAUGGCCCAAUGAAGGGAGGAAACUACGGAGGUGGUGGAAGGAGUGGCGGUGGCCCGUAUGGCGGUGGUUAUGGAGGAGGAUCUGGUGGUGGUUAUGGAGGAGGCUCUGGUGGCCGAAGGUUUUAGAUUCCAGGGCCACAGUACUUAGAGGAGAGCCAGAGAGAGAUGACAGGGAAAGGAGAGAAGCAAGCAGGUUUACACCUAGAUCUGCCCAGCCAAGCAGUGUGGUGGCGAUAUUAACGUCUGCCAUGCGAAGAGAACGUGUUCAAUAGGGGAGGAAAAUCAUGUGGGAAGGUCGGGUGGGAAUUGGGGGUGUGAUGGUGUUUUAAAGUUUAAAAAAAAAAAAAAAAAAAAAAAAAAAAAAAGGAACGUCUAAAAAGUACUCUUGUCCUGGAAGACAUUUACUAGUUUGUAGUUUUCCCUUUUUUUGUCUGUGAAGUGCAAAGCAUUCCAAUGAGAUUUUAUGCAGGGUUUAACUGUUGUGUUGGCUUUUCUCUUGAACCAGUAGGGUGUCUGUUUUUUUUUUUUUUUUCUUUUUUCUUUUUUUCUUUUUUUUUUUUGUUUUUUUUUUUUUAAUGUGAACAGUCACCAAUCAAGAUUAAAUAAACCGCUCCAGUUUUUUUAUUUAAUUGUAUUCGUCAGUGUUUUAAUUUGGUAAAUUGUGAGUACUCGCCUAGUUGCAUGAAUAUCUUGUGUUUUAUGCAACAGACUCGCAGCAUAUUCUGAUGCUGUUGGGUAUUUGCCUUUUGUGAUGCAGAUUUGAAGCUUUAACCCUAAAGUCACUUUGACCUUUGGUUAAAGCAUUAAUAAGCCUUGGUUACUGGAUAAUAAUAUAAUGUUGGUUUGUUUCAACUUUCAUGUGAAAUACCUUUAAAGAAACCAGAGUUCUCCGAAUUUAAUUUCAGCAAAACCUUAAAUAGCUUGCUCAUUUAUAUUUGCAAUUGGGCCUAGCACACGCUCUGGUGUUUGUGUGUUUUGCAACAUAUGGCUAGCACGUAGUUCUACUUCUGGAUGAAUGAUGUUUCUUUGAGUUCCACUGGUGAAUGAAAUCCAUAAGAGGAUUUUUAGCGACUCUGAAUUGCCGCCUGAAGGCAAUCUUGCACGUAAUCGGUCAGACUAUCUGAUGAAGUGCCAGCAAAGAUUCUAGCCAUCGGGAGGAGCCAGCUUAAAGCCUAGCCAAAGAGAAGAGACUGUUGAGAAGCGGUCCAUCGAAGAGAGGCUAGCCAUUGGGAUGAGCCAGCUGAGAGGCUAGCUUAUUGGAAUCGCCAGCAGUCUUAUUGAGAACAGAUGAUUGCUGUUGUAAGACUAGCGAGAAACAGCUACCAAAGUAAGGUAUUUAACAUACCAGACUGGUAGGUAAGAGGAGAAUUUUAGUUUUCUUUCAUGUGAAUUAUUUGUGCUCUUCAAAAUUAGGUAACAGUGUAAAGAUUUUGUUGCUUGGUUGUUUUCGUGGUUGUGGUGAAAACAUGACUGCCGAACUAUCACAGUGAGCAAGUUUUCUACUGUGUUUUAAGUAAGGUUCGGUAUCUAAUUUUAUGUUUUAAAAGUAGUCUUUUGUGUCAGUGGUGCAUGAGACACUUAUGACUAUAAACUUUCUGUGCUUGGUUACAUGUCUUUUUGUUUCUUACCUUAUUUUGCUUUUAAGUCAAUUCAUUCUUUUUCUAGGGAUAUAAACUGGUGGAUUACCUGGGUCACGGUUACAGCAAGAACAACUGGCCGGUGAUCUCGAAGAUUAUCAGAGAGUGGAGUCGGACACCAAAAAAAUAGCUGCUGGACAGCAUUAGAAUUGUUAUUUUUCAGAAGACUUUAUUUAUAUUUAUUUAUUUUUUUACAGUGUUUUAAUAAAAGUUUAAAACAUCAA